AGCAUGCGCAGAGGAUUAGAACCAGAGAGUGACUUCCCUUAAGUGUUGUCUGCUGCUGUACGCCUCACACGCGAACUGUGAAAUUCGUGCACGCAACAUCAUUUUAGUUAGUAAUGGCAUCACCUUCAGUUUAUCAACUUUCAACUCACAUUAUCAGACAGACUGGUCACAAAUGCACAGCUUCAGUAAUUCUGCUUCAUGGUUCAGGUGGAACAGGUGAUGACCUGCGUGACACUUUUAGGUACCUUCUACGAGAAGACCUCUGUUUUCCUCACAUUCGUAUUUUGUACCCAACUGCACCAGUCAGGCCUUACAGUCUUGCUGAUGGCAUGCCAAGCAGUGUCUGGUUUGACAGAGUGAAUCUUGGUUUGAACAGUGUAGAGCAAAAGAUUUCAACUGAUGCAAUGGCCAAACAGCUUGGGCAGCUAGUGGAUGCCGAAGUAAAAUCGGGCAUUCCACUACAUAGAAUUGUUAUUGGUGGGUUUUCAAUGGGAGGAGCAAUGGCUCUACAUCUAGGUUACCGGUUCCAUAAGAAAAUUGCCGGAGUAAUUGCCAUAGGCAGCUUUCUCCCUAACGAUUCAGCAGUAUAUCAGGAUCUCGAACAGGUAAAGGCUGCAGACACUACUCUGCCUCUAUUAACACAAAUCCAUGGAGAAGCUGAUGAAUUAGUAAAUUUUCUCUGGGGAAGAAACACAUUUGAUCGUCUAUGCAGUCUUGGAGUGAAAGGAGAAUUUACUGCCGUACCUAACCUUGGACAUUUUUUGAAUAGAACUGUAACAAUAUCUCUGAGAGAAAAGAUUCUCAAACUGUUACCUGAAGAACACAGUUUAUAGCAGAUGACCUAGAUGUUUUUCUUCUGAGGUGCAGUUUUCCUGAUAGCUUUGUUUUCAAUUUUCCUUGUUAAUUGUUGAUGUUAAUAGUUCUGCUAGCAAGAAUUUAAAAACGUCGGGGUUAAAAAAUUUCCAGAUACUGUUCACAUUCCAUAAACAUGUUAACAUGCAUUUUGAGAAUGCACAUGGAACUAGAAUUUGCAACAUUUCAAAACCAGCAUGUUAUGCCUUGACUUUUCUUUUUACCCUGACACUGAGCUAAGGCUUAAAGAGAAAAAAAUAAAUGGUCUGUGUUUUUUUAUGUCCCAUUUCAAUGUGCAAAAGUGUAGGAUAUAAACAUUUGCAGGUAAAAUAAAAAUAGUCUAAAUAAAAAGAGUGGCAUUUAAAGUUAAAUUUUUAUUGAUAUACACACCACCAACUCUAUAUAAAGACAUAACGUCAAAUGUGAAAUUGUGGAUUGAUGUCUAGAUCAUCAAAAAGUGAACAAGCAUGUGUGAUAAUUAGGUUAAAAAUAGUGUGAAAGACACGCUGUUAAGUGUUAAAAUUUUAUGCUCUAUUAAUUUGCAAAAGCAGCCAUUUCACAUAGUUUUUAUUCACUUAUAUAGUGUUGAAUAAUAAAUUAUUUUAACUUUAAUAUUCCUUUGGUGUUUUGGAAUUGAUGUUGAUUCUUCUCUCAAGAUCAUUGAAAUUGUUUGCUUUAAUGGGUUUAAAUUUUAUUUUCUACCAGAUUUAUAUGAUGGCAUGGAAAGUAAAGUCUGGUCAAAACAUGAAAUUUUAUGUUAUGUUUCAAAAGCAUUUUAAAUGUUUAAAAAAAUGAAAUCACAAAAUUUCUGGGUGAACACACUGAAGAAACAAAUACUUCUACAAAUCUUAACAUUACCAAAUUAAGAUGCAGGCACAAUAAAACAACAAAAAAGGUCUUCAUGAGAUAAAGGAUAUGAAGCUUUUGCAGGAGAUAUUUUAAAACAGUUUUUAAGAAAAAUGAAAGCUUUAUUUCUUCAUCCCAUGAGAGCAAUAAUAAAAGAAUCUUGCAAGAAAUGAAUACAAGAUAGUUUAAGUAAGAAACAAAGGCCACUAAUGAAGUACAA